CAUUAUCUCAACAACACAUCUCUACACAAAGAAAAUUAAUAUCAACUCAACAACCGCAGGGCCUCUUGUAAAAGUUACUACACUAAAGCUUCACUAUGUCUUCUAAAACCAUAGACUUGACUGGUGCCUCGCCACCGAUAGCAAGCAUACCUUCUCCUUCGGUAAAAAGAGAGCAGACUUUACCCUUAGCUACUGUCCCCAGGGAGCAAGUACCAGAGUAAAACUCCUACUUUCUGUAUAAGAAGGAGUGUCGUCUAGCCUGGAUUAAGUACCUAGGUCUCCUGGAAAAGGUCAAGCUCCGCGAGGGCUCUGACAGGCUCCCAUUUUUUAUUGGGAUGCCGCCCGAACACUUGACUUUCCAGGUCGAUGCAGAAAGAUUGGCUAUAAUCCAGCAAACAGCAAUGAGCGACCCCCGCAACUCGCUGAUCACCCUCGGAACAGUCUUGAACACCCUCCGAGACCGCCCUCGGCAUACCCAUAUCGCAUGGGAUGCUGUCUAACAGAACCUGGCCAAUUCGCGUGCGCAGCUCAAUGCUCCCAUCAUAAAUCAAACGUUAAUGUAGGCAAUCAACGUUUUCAUCGAAGAUCGGGACCAAAUCAAGCACUGGGAGAGCGCGAGCUCACGAAAUCCCAUGAUUCUCCUGCAAUCGACUCAGGCACCAUCCGGGCAGACUCCUGUGCACAAAGUGAUUCAGUCUGCGAUGAAUCGUUUGGUCGGUAUCAGAACUCAAGAAGACGACCCACCCAGUUGUCCUGGAUACGUUCUCCCCAUGGCCUCCUUCGAGAGGGCCGUUAUGAAUGCCGAGAAGGCGAAGGAUGAGAUCCAGCGCAGGCAAUGGGCUGACAUGUCCCUACGCUCGCUACGCAAUUUUAUGGACGCACAAAAGAAUGAAGCAGUCAUUGACAAAAUGGUGGAGUUUCAAAAGCAUUACGAAGCUUUGGCGGCUGUUGGCUCGAAGUGAGCAAGAAGGGCGAAGGUGGAAACGUGAGCAGCGGAUUGCCUUUACCAAGCGGACGGAAAUAGGGGAAAUGAUAUUCUUGACAUGGAGACGGAAGGGAGAGAUAUUUUGCUGCAUUGAUGGAACAGAAUGAACGGUCGAGGGACAAAGGGGUUUACGAAAGUAGUUGAAUUGAUGAUUGGAAGGCCAUA